AUGGGUCUCAUCAAGAUUCUUCUCAAGGCCAUCAUUAUCCCGAUCGUGCUGGUCGUUGUGAUUGGCAUCAUCAUUAUCUUCGCCAUCAAAAUGCACCGGGAGAAGAAGCAGAAAAAGAAGGAGAUACAUCAAAACCCCUUUCAGCCAUUCCCCAUACAGCAGUGGCCUUAUCCUAUUUCACCCGGGAUUCAGAAACCCGCAGCGGUCGCUUCAUACGGCGUCAAUACUCCGAGUCAGACGGAACAGGGUGUUGCCCGAUCAUAG